AUUUACAAUUAUUCUCGUUUUUAUCAUCCUACCCGAUCCUCCUCGAUGAAAGAACCAUCCAUUCCUGCUUAACUCGCAAACAAAAAUGUUGCAGUGUUUUCACUUCAUCCAAUGGUUGUGCGACACCAACAUGAACGCUUAGGAAUAAUGCAAGUCACAAUCUCAUAAUGCAAGCUCAAGGUCUUGAGAGCCUGACGCCAUUUUCACCGAUCGCUUACAGCUAAUGCAUAUGUCUACUCGAGUCAUUCUACAAUCACUUUGCAGAGGAUUAGAAGUCCAUCAGAAGAGUGCAUGAACAAGGCUCAGGGCGGAGGCUAGAUUAAAGUCAUCUUCUAACCACGCGAAAUUGGAUACUUCAGUUUGUGAAGUUGCAAGCAAAGCCGCCUCAUCCUCUUCGUCUUAUAAGCCGUUCUGAAGGCCUUUCUUUUUGUUUGGGAGGCAUUUGCGUUUUGGAGUGCUGUUGUCAAGAUUUUGGUGGCCUUCACCAAAAAUGGAAGGUUUCACCUUCUUCAUUGGCAUCUUGGGCAAUGUCACGUCAAUGCUUGUAUUCCUUGCGCCCAUAGACACCUUCAAGAGGAUAGUAAAGAACAAAUCGACGGAGGAAUUUGACAGCCUUCCAUACAUAUGUUCGUUGCUGAGUGCAUCUCUAUGGACGUACUAUGGAAUUGUACAGCCCAGCGCAUUUCUUGUCGGCACAAUCAAUGCGUUUGGAAGCAUACUUGGGAUUGUUUAUGUUGGCCUCUUCCUUUUCUAUGCUCCUCCAAGCAACAAGGUUAAAAUUGCACUUAUUGUAGGGACUUUGAAUGUUGGAUUCUUGGUGGGAGCGAUUUUAUUUACGCGACUGGCAUUUAAAGGAGAAGCUCGGGUCGCAUCCAUGGGUUUCUUGGCCGCAGGUUUCAUCAUUGUCACGUACGCUUCGCCGCUUUCUUCCAUGAGGACGGUGGUGAUGACCAGGAGUGUGGAGUACAUGCCUUUUUACCUUUCAUUUUUCAUCUUCCUGAGUGGAGGCGUUUGGGCUUUGUAUGGUUGGUUGAUAGGAGAUUAUUUCGUUUCGGUACCAAAUGGGACAGGAUGUAUACUUGGAACAGCUCAACUAGUGCUGUAUGGGAUAUACAGAGAUACCAAGCCACCCGCCAGAGACAGCGCCUGCGUCAGCUUCUACGACUUGGAAGAAGGAUGGCAGCGUCAGCCCCUUCUGUCUUCAACCCAUAGCUUAGUUUCUUCCACCCAUAGCUUAGUGAGUUCCGCCCAUAGCUUAUUGGCUUCCGGCCAUAGCUUCUUGGAGUCUUGACGGAAAAUGUCAUGUUUGGAGAGCAGAUUAUUAGGGAUAAUUUUUUAGGGGAAAUUUUUUUUUACUGCAAAUAAUAAACUAUCCAAAUAAACUGGUAUCAAAUAUCUACCAAUUAGAUCCCUGAAGGACGUGCGUGAUAGAAGGGGGGCCAGAAAUUUUCUCAUUUACGUUAUAUAAUUUUUUUUUUCCUUUUUGGCUUUUUA